UUGUGCUGUUUUUCAUGUUUUCUGAGUUGGACUGCUCUGCGUGUCUGUGCCUGGUCUGGUCUAUGUGGGUGGUGCAUUUCUGAAUAACAUCCAUACCAAUGAAUGCCACGUCCAAAAGUUUCCCAGCAGAAUGAUGUAUUGUUACCUCUUACUGACUAUGGUUUUAAUGUUGUGGCUGAUCCGUGCAUGUUCCAUAUGAUCGCGCCUGGCUGGCGUCUCAGUGACACUCCGGACUGACGCGCAUGGAUCGGCGUCACCGCCGCCCCUGACAGUGGGCGGGGAAGCUCACCGGAGGCAGCUGGGCUGCAGACGCGCACACGGUCCGGUGUGGUAACCUGUUCACCAUGGUGCACCGCGCGCUCAGGUGCUUCCCCGUCGCGCUCGCACUGCUGCUGCUGCCGCUUCCGCCGCCGCACAUCCAGCGGCGCGGCGCGGAGCUCGCGGUGGCGGCGGAGUACUCCUCCAAAACCGACCUGGACUACGAGUUCGGGGACUACCGCGGGAAGUGGUGCAUCGACGACCACGGCUUCGUGUACGGCAUCGGAGAGGUUUACUACCCGAGCCCCUCGGCGUGUCCGUGCACGUGCACCGUUGACGGCCCCGUGUGCGUACGACCCAAGUGUCCCCGCAUCCAUCCGCGGUGCACGCGGAUCAGGUAUAAGGCUUGCUGUCCGGUGUGUGAGGCUAUGGCCAGAGUCUGCGUCUACGGGGGCAAAACGUACAGACUCCUAGAGGAGUUCAGGCUGUCGAGAUGUGAGCGAUGCCGCUGUGAGGCCAACAGAGAGGUCUACUGCAGCAUUUCGGACUGCCCAGCCCCUCACUGCGUCAACCCCACCUAUGAGCCCAACCACUGCUGCCCCAUCUGUAAGAACGGUCCCAACUGCUUUGCCGGGAGUAGGGUGAUCCCAGCGGGAGAGCGCGUGGACAUUGAUGAGCGCACCGUAUGCUACUGCACCUACCGUGAUGGGACGUGGCACACCCACCCCCAGGCCACCUGUGAACAGCGCCCCAAAGCUGGCCCAACUCAGAGCACCCGCACCGAGCCGCCCAAGGACGAGGACACCAGAGGUAGAGGGGGAAGGCCGUUUAUUCCCAGACUGGAUUUGAUACCUUGAAAACCGGUCAAUGUCUAAAGCAGGGGACACACAACAAAGACUGGGGAUCGCGCACUUCACAACUGACGAGGGAUCAUAGACUACAUCAUUUGGCAAACCAUCAAAAGCCAAAACUCUCUCAAGGGUGUUUGUUGCGGUAUGCACUGCAAGCAACAGUAUACAGGCACUCCUGCCACAACCCGAUUAAUCACUCCUCCAUGUCUGUAGUUCAGGUUCGCUGUGUCUCCACAUUGUUAGGACAUUCCCGCUGCUUCCUGUCGUCUUCUGGCGCCACUUCCUGUGUCCCACUCCCUCUUGCAGUUGGGUUGCUAAUCACUUCACACUGCUGGCUUGCUUCCAGAUUUGACUUAAGAAAUCAAAACAUGUUUGGUUGACUGAAGUUGGGUCAAGUGCCAACUACCCAUGCCCAACUGAGUGCAGGCUGGUGCCAACUUUACCCAACUGGGAAUCGUGGGGAAAGUGUGUCCUCAAGUUUACAGGUACAAUAUAACCCAUUAACACCAACUCCCAGAAUCAUCUUGCUUACGUUUAUGCAGAAACCGGUUGGGUGCAGAACUAUUCUUAGUAAACUUGUUGGGAAUUGAGGGGUUGGUUCUCUCUAUUUGGGAAAUGGAAGAUGCAGGAGUCAGGAGUUGGAAUAAUCUCUGAAAAGGCACAAACAGUAGAAAAUAAUCCAAAAUUGGCUCACGUAGCUCCUUUGUAGUUCCUAUUUCCAAUAAGAGUCUAAAAGGUUACAGGUAAAUAGUAUGAUCUUAGAGGAAACUGUGGAAAUGUGGAUUGGUUUUCAAGGUGGUACUCUGGUUCCGUGGUCCUAGACCGAACCGUUUCAGCAACCAGAACUUUUCAGAUGGAAAAGCAGUAGAGCACAAAGACAAGGUACGGCUCGGGUAAAAAUCCACCUACAAUGUGGCGUUUCGCAAAUCUUUAAAGAAACUGAACCACUUAGGUUAUGAUCAGAACAGCUCGGCCUUGAUGAAAUGGAAGUAAAAUUGUAGGACAAUUGGAUCUGGCAGCAUAUUUGGUGUCGUCCACUUGGAUGUUUGUACGCUUGGUUCAGCCCAGCACUCUCAUCCAAACUGACAUGUCUUGACUUUGCGUCAGAUUUGACUCAAAGUAUUUAACUGAUGCAAUCUGCAAAUAAACUGUAACAAACUCCAGGAAGUCCCUGGGGACUACCUCCAAUUUGCUUAAGGGACAAAUACUUCAACCUCCGCUCAGUAAUUGGUUUUAAUGAAACAUUUAUACAACAUUAUCUAAAAUAAGGAGUCAACAGCUUUCCCAACCAACGCUUCAUUCUCUCAACCAGCUUCGUGAGAUUACAACUGAGCUUUUUCCAGCAAGUCGUUAAGAAAUCGUUGGCCGAUUCUACGACUCUUCCCAAGCUUAAAUCCAUACACCCAUCUUGCUGUGUUCUACCGGGGAGCAUGACGGGAGCCGGUAAGAGUGCCAGGGUGUGGUAGAUGAAGGUAUCAGCGACAGAGGGUCGACACGGGUUCGAUGCAGCUGGUCGCCUGGUUGCUCUCCGCGGCCCUGCUGGUUUCCGUCUGCGUGCGGAGAGAGGCCAGGAAUUACCACGUAGACUAGACGGAGCUGAAAAUUACUGGGCAGUGGAAUAUCUACACACACACCCUGAACAGAUGGGAGUAUGUAUAUGUAGUGCAUGCCAAUUAGCUUGUCAGCCAUGUUACAUACUGUACAUGACUCAUAGUCCUGUUAGUGCCAUACUUUUGGAAUGUUAUCUUACAUUUAAAAAGAAAACUCUAAAAGGUAGUUACCAGACCUUGUAUUGCCUACUGUUGAACAGGUCACGUCCCUUUUCAUGACGGCAUCUUAACCAGGAUCUAAUACACCAGUGGCUGAUCUUUAGUAGUGAUGGCAAAAUCGAAACAGUGUUUUGGUCCGUACCGAAACUUAGGCAGAACUUGUGAUUCAAAACGCUGUUCCAAGGUCUGUUUUAGAAAGACAAUGUUGGUUUUGAAACAUCACAGUGGUCUUUCAGUAAAACGCAAGUCAAUAUGCAAUGAUUGUUAUCCCGUUACUAAAAUGGAAUAGUAAAUGAAAUACUACCAUUACACAAUAUGAAAUGUCUAUUAUAUGCAAAAUCUCUAAUUUAUAUAUAUACUUAAUAAUUUGUCUUUCCCUGAUUGGCUGCUGAUUCAUCCCCAUACGCCUCAAACAUUUUAAAGCCUUUGCAACGUGCUAUUUGUUUGCGAAGACUUGAGUCUCUGCGUGUCUUUUAGUGAGCGUCCUUUUGAUUUGAGACCAAUUUGAAAUAGAUGGUAGUAGAAAGUGUCCCAAGUCACCUGUCUUGGAACACUUCGACCUCUUUAAGGAGCUUGAAUUUAAAUGUAUUGCAUGCAACAGCUUGCAUUUUGUAAUAAUACCGCUAAAAUUAUAUACAAACACUGAUUGAAAAAAAAAAAAGAUCCUUUCGUACAAACGAUACUGUAAACCCAAACAAAACUAAACAAACCACAAUCUACUGUUUGAGUGUUGUUUUAAAAUUGGCCACCAGAUGUUUCGAAUGUUCCAAAGAUCACUUCCUUUUUCUCACUUAUUCCAAAUGAUUUGUUCUCAAGGUUUCGUUUCUGACAUCCCUAGUAUUUAGUGGUUUAACACUUAGCCAUAGUCUGAAUGCUUUUCUCAUCGUCUUCAAUGUCUAGUUAAUGGUGAAGAACUGAACAGUGUGUUAUUCCCAAGAAACAGGUAGUGAAAUAAAAGCCUUCAGAUAAUCCAA